AUGGCCCCGCCCCGGAGUGCGAAUAUAGCGGCCGCCCGCGGGCUGUGGGGCUGUGAGGACCCGAGUCGCUGGGUCGUCCUGGCGCAUCACGGGGAGGUGGUGUGGGCGCACGCGGGCUCCCAGGGCCGGCUGGAGGCCCUGGAUCGGUGGUAUCAUAAGGAGUUGCUCGUGGCCGGGAGUGGGUGGAGUUCGGGGGAGAAGCACGUGACGCGAGACGAGCUGGAGCGGCUGCUGACGUGGAAGGUUGCGCAGCUGGUAGCCGCCAAUCCCCCGGAGCUCGUGGUGCGGUGCUCAGCCGCUGCCUUCCGCCUCCUGCCCGAUGUGCUGACGGCCGUCACAGAGCUGUGUGCCCGCCGCAGUGUGGGCGCCGCCACAGCCUCAGCAGUCCUGGCAGCUGGAGCUCCUGAGGCAGCAGACUUCAUGUCCCAUGAGGCGGUGGCCAGGGUGUCUGGCCUGCCUGCCCAGCAGUACAUCCUCCAGCACUACCGGCUGUACCUGGGCCAGAUGCAGGAUCAUGCCAAGGCUUUGAGCCAAGGUGAGGGGACAUCGGUGGGCAGGAGGGCGUCCAGGGCUCCGGUGGGAGUGUCCAGAGGGCAGGGGUGGCUAGCAUUUAUGGGCCCAGACUCCCUCUGCUCCUUCCCAGCCAGUGCCUCUGGGCCACGGACCCGGCAGCCCGCGGAGACAGCACUGUGGACCUGGGCCGUGGGGCGGAAGAUGUGCCCGGGCCUGCUGCCUGACCUCAGCCCUGGCACGGUCAACAUCCAUGUCAUCAGGCCGGCCAAGAGGCGUAGGACCCAGGCCGAUUGACUUGAGCCAUGGAGGAACCUGCUGCCUUGAUG